AUGGUUCUCCACAACCCAAACAACUGGCAUUGGGUUAACAAAGAUGCUUCAACAUGGGCAAAACAAUGGUUGGAGGAUAGCAUAAAUGAGGUCAAGGCCGAGGAGGAUGACGUUACAGCUCAAUUGGAUAAAUUGAUUAGUAUGGAUGGAGAUGUUGAUGUCAAUCAGCGAAAGGGAAAGGUCAUUACCAUAUUUGAUGUCAAGCUCGUUAUUGAGUAUUCAGGCAAAACCAAAGAUGAGGAAUCCGUUAGCGGUACCAUCACCAUUCCUGAAGUUGCUCAUGAUACCGCAGAAAACGAGUAUGUUUUUGACAUAGAUAUUUACUCCGAUGCCAACUCUAAAGCCCCAGUCAAAGACCUCGUUCGUGCACAAAUCGUCCCUCAACUCCGCAAACAAUUUGCACAACUUGGACCUGCUCUCAUCACAGAGCACGGAAAAGAUAUCCAACAUGCGCCAGAUGCGAACCCAGCAUCCAAGAUCACAUCCGCAAAGACCUACCCUCACAAUGCUCCAGUUCAAUCUACAUGCACCCCAACCAACAAGGCCCCUUCUUUAGUAAAUACCACCACUGUCACCGACAAUGAAGAAUUCCGUACUCCAGCUUCAGAGCUUUACCAAACCUUUACCGAUCCCGCCCGCAUCGCCGCAUUCACACGCGCCGCGCCAAAACUCUUCGAGGGUGCUAAGAAGGGAGGGAAAUUCGAGCUUUUCGGGGGCAACGUCUCGGGUGAAUUCCUCGAACUCGUCGAACCAACCAAGAUCGUUCAAAGCUGGCGUCUCGAUCAAUGGCCACAAGGACAUUAUUCCAGAUUGGAGAUCAACUUUGAUCAAAACGAUGUUGAUAAUGUCACGGUCAUGAGAGUUUCUUGGUCUGGUGUCCCGGUUGGUCAGGAAGAGGUCACGAAGAGAAACUGGAGCGAAUAUUAUGUUAGAAGCAUCAAGCAGACUUUUGGCUUCGGCACGAUUUUGUAG